AUGAAUAAUAAAGAAAUACAAGAAACUUGUAAGAUGAUAAUUUGUACGUUGUGCGGCGCUACAAUUAGAGACCCGGUUACGAAUGCGAAUUGCUUCGACGUUUUUUGCAAAUUUUGCAUUGAGGAUUAUUUUGAAAAAUUCACUUCCUAUCAGUCAUCGUUGAAGUCGUCUAAAAACGUUGGUGCGAAUGUCACUUGCCCUGUUUGCGGAAAAGUUUUCCAUCAUUUAUCUUUGGUGACAGGAUUUCACAAAGAUAAUCCUGUCUUGAAAUUCAUUCAAAAAAAGUCGAUGGAUGGCCUAUUAACUGACAAAGUCAGGAUAAAAAAUUAUGUUGUAGAAUCUACAGACAAGUUGACGAGGAGCGAAAGUGCUUUGAAGGACAUUAUACUGCGGAUAAACUAUCUACAUGAUCAAAAGGUUAAAGAUUUAGAUUUUAUGAAACAAAAAAUUAACGGAAUUGUAAAUGAGGCGAUUCAAAAUAUUAAAAACGCAGGCAGUAAACUCUUCUCACAAAUCGACAAUAUAAAAAGUAUCUUCAUGCAUUCCAUAAAUGCCAUAAAACAGUAUUGUGAGCUUGUUCAGUCGAGCGCUAGCAAACUCUUAACGUCGUUAAUGAUCAACUAUACUGACUCAGUGAAUGAAGUAUUCGCUGGAUUGAAUGUGGAAAAAAUUUUGAAACGUGCCAGUGAAAUUAGCAAGCAGCCAGAAUUAAUCAGCAUUCCUCCUACAGUGAUGGCUAAAUAUUCUUUUGAAUACUCGUCUGCCUCCGCCGGUAGCCUAGGGGAGCUACGUCAACUGCCUGAUCCUUACGUUUUACCUGAAAAACUUUUUCAUGAGAAUAAUUUGUCUAAAGAGAAAUCGUCGUCAAAAUUAUCUCCCGUGUCAAAUUCCGUUGCGAUGGGAGUGCGGAGGAAAUGGUCAACAUGUCUUCGAGAUGCCAGCCAUCAUUCCUCCAAACCGUCGGGUGUUUGUUUUUUCAACUCGAAUCAAAACGUGGCGGUUACCGAAAUGGCAAAAGGUACGUUGCUUUCUUUAAGCACAACUGACGGUAAAGUUGUUGAAACGAUAAUUAACAAACAGAAUUUUUAUCCACUUGGCUUAACUAGAUUAGAGACGUCUGGUGAAUUUGCUACAAUUGACAAAAAUUCUAGAACCGUUAGUGAAGUUAGAAACAAAUUUCUUAAACCCGUAAAAACGAUCUUCAAUUUGCCUCAAGCUCUUGGCUAUUACAAUGAAAUGUUUUUUGUAACAGAUUCUCACAGAAAAAGUUUGACAUGCCUAAAUCGGAAUGGAAGAAUAAACUGGCUGAUUGGAAAUCGUGAAGAAAAUUUUUUUAGCUCUCCAAAUUAUUUAUCAGUUUGCCACAAACAUCAUCGAAUUUUUGUGUCCGACGAAAAUUGUUUGAAAAUUUUUGACACUAAAGGUAAUCACGUAAAGAGUGUUUCUGACCCGAAAUGGCAACUGAAAGGAUCUUGUGUCGACUCGUGUGGUAAUGUUAUUGUCGUCGAGGACUCAAGAAACCGUUUGAUGAAAUUUGACCAAAAUGGGGAGUACGUUAACGAUCUUCCGGCAAGUCUGAACUUCAGAAGCGCAAGAUGGGUCUUGAGAUCCGCUCUGAACUUCGCAAGUGAUGGAGAAAUAGUUAGAGAAGUAGGUAGAGAGUUCCAGAGAAAAGGACCAGAAAAAGCAAAAGCAGAUUUGGCAAAAGAGUGUUUAACACGAGUUAAGAAAAAGCGAGAAAAAGAAGACGAUCGUAAACCGGGGCGUUUAGGUUCAAUUAAUAUAUCUGAUAAGUACUUAGGAAAUAAUUUAGAUUGA